AUGCCUCUCCAAAAGCUCUCGGCAUUCAUUGAUGCCAUCUGCAGGUUUGUCAUCUGCAAUGACUCCUCCCUCCGUGGGCAAACAGUCAUCUUCAACCCUGACUUCUUUGUGGAGAAGUUGCGGCAUGAGAAGCCUGAAGUCUUCACAGAGCUGGUGGUCAGCAACAUCACCAGGCUCAUCGACCUGCCAGGAGCAGAGUUGGCCCAGCUGAUGGGGGAGGAGGAGCCCAAGCUGCCUGGUGGCAUUGGCACAGCCUCUGGAUUCUUUCGGUCCCUAAUGUCUCUGAAGCGUAAAGAUAAAGGGGUGGUGUUUGGCUCCCCGCUGACCGAGGAGGGCAUCGCCCAGGUCUCGCAGCUCAUCGAAUACCUGCACAAGCAUCUGCGAAUGGAGGGCUUGUUUCGCGUGCCGGGGAACAGUCUCCGGCAGCAGAUCCUGAAGGAUGCCCUGAACAGCGGGGUGGAUAUUGACCUGGAAUCGGGGGAGUUUCACCCCAACGAUGUGGCCUCUCUGCUGAAGAUGUUCCUGGGUGAAUUACCAGAGCCCCUGCUGACACACAAGCACUUCCAAGCUCACCUCAAAAUUGCAGGCCUGAUGCAGUUUGAUGACAAGGGGAACAAGACCAGCAUGCCGGAUAAGGAGCGGCAGAUCGAAGCCCUACAGCUGCUCUUCCUGAUCCUCCCCCCGCCCAAUCGCAACCUGCUCAAGCUGUUGCUGGACCUGCUCUACCAAACGGCCAAGAAACAGGACAAGAACAAGAUGUCUGCCCACAACCUGGCUCUCAUGUUUGCACCCCACAUCCUGUGGCCCAGAAAUGUGACAGCAAACGACCUGCAGGAGAAUAUCACAAAGCUGAAUGAGGGCGUGGCCUUCAUGAUCAAACACUCGCAGAAACUCUUCAAGGCUCCGGCAUACGUUCGAGAAUGUGCCAGGCUGCACUACCUGGGGUCCAGAGUGCAUGCUUCAAAGGACGACCUGGAUUUGCUGACAUCUGCUGGGUCCAAGGAACUCCAGCCCCUGAAGUCUCAGAAGCGGAGCAGGCUGGAUCCUUCCCACCGGGAGGAGACGCAGCAGCGCACGGAGGAGGCGCUGAAGGAGCUCUUCCACCACAUCCACAGCAUGCCAGACUCUGCGAAGAAGAAAAAGCUCAUCCGGCAGUUCCAUAAGCAUCCUGGCACUCUCACUCCUGGGCCUGAUGCGCCGACACCCCCGGUCCAGAGGCGCACCCGCUCCCGCUCCUUCAGCGGCCUCAUUAAGAGGAGGAUGCUGGGGAACCCACUGAUCUUGGAAAGGAAAAGCAGGGAUUCCACACCGGAAUCAGAGCGAGCCAGCAAAGAGAACCUUCACCUGUUACAGAGACCGCCUGAAUCUCCAGCAAGUCAUGGCACCCGAGCAAAGUUGAAAUUGUCUGAGGGCAGGAAAGAGGACUCCCGUAAACAUCUGCAGGCCCUUGCGCCUUCCACCAAGGAGCCGUCCGUCUGA